AUGACCGCAUUCUUGAUGGAAAUGCAGGGAGACCAAGCGUCCAUCAUAGGAGGGGUGGUGGAGUACAUCAAGGAGCUGCAGCAGGUACUGCGUUCGCUGGAGGCCAAGAAGCACCGCAAGGCGUACGCCGAGCAGGUGCUCAGCCCGCGCCCCGCGACGGUGACGGCGAGCCCGCGCCCGCUCAUCAAGUCGACACCGCCGCUCAGCCCACGGGUGGCGGUGCCAAUAAGCCCCCGAACGCCAACCCCGGGCAGCCCGUACAAGCCCUGUGGCAGGGCCGGCGGCAGGCUCCUGCACCAGAUCGCGGCGGCCGCGGCCUACAUGACGUCGCCGGCCAUGACGCCGACGUCGUCGUCGUCAUCCUAUCCGCACGAUCAGCAGCACUACUCGUCGCAGCCGUACCUGCCGACCCUGGAUAGCAUCGUGACCGAGCUCGCCGCGCACGCCGCCAGGCCCGCGGCGGUCGGGCUCCUCCUCCCGGACGUGAAGGUGGAGUUCGCGGGCCCGAACCUGGUGCUGAAGACAGUGUCGCGCCGCACGCCAGGGCAGGCGCUCAAGAUCAUCGCUGCGCUCGAGAGCCCCUCGCUCGAGAUCCUCCAUGCCAGCGUCAGCACCGUCGACGACACCAUGAUGCACUCAUUCACCAUCAAGGUCGGAGGUGCUGCCAAGGCGGAAGAUGAACGGCGUGAAGUCGUGGAUGAGGCAGAAACCGAGGGUGCGCGGAGGCGACCUCGAGUGGACGUCGUCGCCUGUGUUGGCCACGAUCGGAGUAUUGCUGGGGCCGGUGCCAUGUGCGUCGACACGAGGACAACAGAAUGGGCGAGGACCACGAUGACCGUGUCCAUGGUGGAAGCGGCGGCCAUGGAGACCGCGACCUUGGUAGAAAUGGCGGCCAUGGUGACUGCGACUGUGGGAAUGGUGAUGGCGACAACGAUCUUGGCAUAA